AUGCUUGGUGGGAUCCGAUUCUACUGCUUGGCGAUAUUCGCCAUCGCCUCUGGUCUGUUCUUUCAACAAGUCAACGGGCAGAGUGUGCCACCAGGGCAAUGCGCCACAGGCGUACAUGCCAUCAUGGCCCGUGGACAAGCGGCGACUGGGGAAACGGGAUUCGAUCCGUUGAAUGUCAUGAUCUCCCUGCAAGAUCUCAUCCUGAAACAGAUUCCUGGCUCGACAAGUCUCGGACUACCUUAUCAGUAUGGUGCACAGGAUAAGUUCGUCGCCGUGCAUGAUGGAGCGCAGAUGCUGCAGAACUACGUGACUAGCUAUGUGGCCAGUUGCCCAAAGUCCAGGAUUGUCGUCGUGGGGUACUCAUUGGGAGCUUGUCUCGCAAUGGAUGCAAUUUGUGGAACAUCCUCUCUUGGAUUAAUUCCAGUGACGGCACUUGACAGCAAAUACUCCUCCAACGCAUGGGCAGUGAUCGGUGUAAUCGCAUACGGUGACGAGACCUAUGUUCCUCUACAGCAAUGGAACGUGGGCACUUGCGAUAUUGGACUUGGGCUGUUCCCCCGUCUCGCCCCUUGGACAUGUGAGCCUUUUGCUGCAUCUAUUCACAGUUAUUGUGAUAUUGGCGAUAAUCAGUGUUGUUCGCCAUAUCCACUUGAUAACAAUGCAGCUCAUCAUGCUUAUGUGGCCAAAUACGACCAGGACGUGGUGGACUUUAUCAAAUCACGCUUGUGA